AAAAAAAACUGUUCCAACUGUUCUCUCCUCGAGAGCUAAACCUAAACACUGUUCCAAAUCCCUAAUUUCCCCCGCGGUCAGCAGAUAUCCCGUCCGAUGGCCGGCGCUCCGGAUCCUAACCCCCCGGUUCCUCCUGAUCCUCCCAGUUUGGGUCCGCAUGCUCUGAAAGAUGCAGUUAUGACAGAGCCAGAUAUGGUUUCCCUAAUAGCUGCAGGUCCUCAUCCACCUAGUCAGACAUGUAACUCAGCUCCUCCUCUUGCUCAAGGGAUCUUGGGUUCGCAUCCUCCUUCUGUCUCAAUUGCUACUUCGGGUCUCCCUCUCCCUUCUUCGGGAAAGCCGGUUUCCACUGUUUUGACUUCACAAGUCGAUUUUGGUCUCCCAAACCAAACUACCCAGGGACCUCUUCCUGCCUCUCCCCCUGAGUACAACUGGGCUUCUCGAUGCAAGGGUGCUUCAAAGUUCCCUAACACUGAAGCUGAGGUCUCCGUUUCGGCGGAAGGAACUCCUAGAGUCAAGGUUCCGAAUGCAGUCUUCGAGAGAGGAGCACGUCUUCACUCGGAUUACAUAGUCGACAUAUUCUAUGUUAAAGCCCCUUCCUACGGUAAAGUCUGGGCAGUCCUUAACUAUCUAUGGGAGUGGAAGGCUUCUUUCAGCCGAGACCCUCCAUCCUUGCAGAAGGCGCCAAUAUGGGCUACUCUAUCUCGGGUACCUUUCGAUCUGCUCACAGCCGAGGGCCUGAGCUUCAUCUCCAGUCCUCUUGGUAAAAUUUGUGCAUGCUAAACCUUUCUCGUCAAUUAACUCAGCUGAGAUCAAGGUUAUAGUUAAUCUUUGUGAACCUCUCCCGAAAUCAGUAGAAGUAGAGAGGGAGGAUGGGUAAAUUGUCCUGAUCUCUGUCUCUUACCCGUGGCUUCCACCGCUCUGUUCGGUUUGUAAUGACAUUGGUCACAAAGCAAGCUUAUGUCCUAAAGCAGACAAGAGUAAAACCAAUGUGAAAGAGGGUCGUCAGGCGCAGUCGGAUCAGAGUCCCCCAAAGGACUCUCCAAAUGGCAGCCCUACUUUUGAGUCCAAUAUUCCUCAGCAGCCUGCUAUCCGUCCUCGUGUUGAGGAGGUGAUCAAAGAGACCGGGGUUUCAACCACUAAUAUGCUAGAUGCGACUUCUGUUAUGCAAAAGACAACUAGAAAUUCAACUUCGACAGAGAAAGGUGAGGGAAAUGUCUAUGUAGUCUCUGAAGUCCAACAAAAUGCAUUAGCUCUAGGGACAGGAUUAGUGGUGACUCCUGCUAAAUCAACUCCUGUUACGACCCAGUGCCCAGUCAAAAACCUACCCGAGGACCAAGCCUUCAAACCUGCAACCAAAACGUUGCAUAUCAGGGAGAUGUCCCGAGCUUUUCAAGGAAAUGUGGAGUUGAUCUCAGCGAAUCCUUUUGAAAUCCUCCAGGAGGAAUCUCAGCUGAAUGCAUCAGAUGAAGCUCCGCGUGGUAUCAUAGCUGUGCAAUCAUCCCCAGCAUCUCAGAGUGGCUCAUCUUCGUCACCUCCCUCUCCCAAAUAGUUAAAGAAAAAAUGGAAAUUAGCUUCUCGUCGAUCUUCGCCUUUAGGCGGUGGCAAUCCUCUGCAAGCAGGGGCUCGUCACCUCAAACACUAAUUAUAUAUGUCAUAUACAUUUUUUUGGAACGUGCGCGGUAUAAAUGACUCCACUAAGCACAUACCUCUUGUCCAUUGGAUCAACUCUAAACAAGUAUCUUUUGGUGCAAUUUUGGAGAUGCACGUUAAUGAAUCAAAUAAGUACCGGAUUUUGUCUUCUCUAGGACCGGAGUGGUCUGUUUUUGCCAACUACCAGCAGUCGGAUUUAGGGCGUAUUUGGGUUGUAUAAAAGCCUCCAACUAUUGUUACCCAUCUUUUUUCGGAUCUUCAGUCUACUACUUGUGAGAUUCAGCUGGAAGAUGAGAUGUCAUUCAUCUUCACGGCAGUUUAUGCAUCGAACACAGCGGAGGAAAGGAGGUUGCUAUGGACCUCUCUAAAGGACAGUAGUAUCUCCUUUAAUUUGAGCUCUCGUCCAUGGCUGGUGUGUGGGGUCUUCAAUGAGAUCUUAAAUUCUUGGGAGUCUUCGAAUCCUAGCUUGUCCCAUUCUACAUCAGCUAUGAGGAGUUUCAGGGAUUGCUUAUCUGACACGGGGUUGUUUGACCUUUCCUUUCAGGGUCCUCAGUUUACUUGGUCAAAUCACCAACCCUCUCAUCCUAUAGCCACUAAGAUAGAUCGGGCUUUGGUCAAUGAUCAAUGGUUGCUCUGCUUUCCUUCAAGCCAUUGUACUUUCGAGGCACCCCAUUUUUCUGAUCACACUCCCUGCCACAUCAGGAUAAAGUCCCCUCUGCCUUCCUAUGGUUCUCGUCCCUUCCAGUUUUUCAACCUACUAACAAACUUGCCAAAUUUUUUGGAUUUAGUUGAAAAUAAUUGGAGCUCUUUCGGGACAUCCUCCACGUCUCUGUCUGAUUUUUGUCACAAAUUAAAGCAGCUGAAAAGACCUUUAAAAGCCUUGAUGAAGGAGAAGUUCAGUAACAUCGAGAAGAGGGUGGUGGAAGCGGAACACAUACUAAUUAUGUCCCAAGUUUUGGCUCUAAAUGACCCAUCGCCUCACAAUCUGACUGAGGAAACCUCGGCACGUCAAGCUUGGCUUUCCCUGAGGAUUGCAGAGGAGUGUUUUUUCAGACAAAGGUGAAGGAUAAAAUGGAUGGAGGCAGGAGACCUGAAUUCGAGGUAUUUUCACACUAUGAUGAAGGUCAGGAAUGCCUCAAACGCAAUUAAGUACAUCCUCAGGCCGGAUGGUUCAAAGUCAGAAACAUUGGAGGAGAUUCACCAGCUAGCUGAGGGGUACUUCUCAUCCAUUUUAUGUUCCCCACGGGGUGGAUUUUUUAGAGAGACUUAUCCCAUCUCGUCUCUCUCCCUCUCAAGUAUCUUUGCUCUCGGCUGAGGUCACCUUUGUCCAGGUUAGAGAAGCUUUAAUGUGCUUGCCGUAGAAUAUUAGAUUUGUAAUAUAAUAUGGGUUAAAGCUUAAAAUUAAUAAUCAAAAUACAAUUAUAUUA